AAUUGAAACCAACCCUAAGCUCUUUUUAUCUCCGCCUUAAAGGUAGCCCCGAUUAUUGCUGACUUAAGCAUCGGAGUGUCUACCCCGAGUUCCACCUCGGGGCUUUGCAGGUCAUCUCGGAGUGUACGCGCGGACUGAAGAAGGACUUCUGGUUUGGUGCAAUUGCAUUGGCGCCGUCUGUGGGAAUCGAACUAAAAGCUUUCUAGUUGUUCUUUCAUCAUGGUUCACACUCGAUCAGUCUGAGCUGGUAAUUCAUCUUUGCCUCAUGGGCAAGGUCCCAACCAUAUUCCCUCCUGUUGAUCAGGCAGAAGGAGGAGAUGAAAACCAACCCCAUACCUCAGCUCACAAUUCAACUUCCACUGCCAACCAAGACGUGGUGACAGCUCAGCUUGCUGCCAUGCAGCAGCAGUUUGGUGUUUUUCAGUUAGUACUGGCUCAGCUUCUAGCUAGAUAUAAUCCUGGUGAUCCCUUCAUUAAUUUACUAAACCCUGCUCAACAACCCCCAGCUCCACAACAGAAUCCCCAACUGGUUCAACCUGCUCCCGCUAUUAGCGAAUCUCAGGAUCAAUCCCAUAUAGCACCCGUUCAGCAACCCAUCCCUGAUGAUGUUACUCGCCGCCUCGAUAGCUUGGAAAAGCUGAUAGCUGAACACCAAGCUGCUCCACCCCCACACCAUGCUGCUGAUUCCAUACCUCACCCCCUGAAUACCAACAUCACACUGGAACCCUAUCCUAUUGGCUUCAAAAUACCACAACUAGAGACUUAUGAUGGGACGAAGGAUCCCGAUGAUCACCCGCAUGCUUUCUACUCUUGCAUGCAAGCUCAGAAUGCCUCUGACGCAUUAAUGUGCAAAAUCUUCCCCUCUACUCUGCGAGGUAAUGCUCGAACGUGGUAUUACAGUCUACCUCCGAAGUCAAUUAGUUCUUACACAGAAAUGACAUCUGCCUUUGCCACUAAGUUUUCUAGUAGAAUGUUGAUUAGGAAAAUUACUACCGAAUUGAUGCGAGUUAAACAGAGGGACGGGGAGUCCCUAAAGAACUACAUGAGCAUGUUCAAUGAUGCGGUAUUGGAGGUUAAUUCCUUCGACCAAGCUGUGGGCAUUGCAGUUGUAAUCUUUGGUCUCAAAUAUGACAGGUUCCAAGACAGUUUGAUCAAACAUGUUGCCACCACCUUUAGCGAGGUAAAUGAUCGAUCUCUGAAAUUCAUAACUGCUGAGGAACACGCCCUGGCGCAAAACCCACCUUCCUCUAAGAACCAGAACCCAGAAUGGAGAGAUGACAAUCCGAGUCAGAAAAGGAUGAGAAUGGCGCAGAACCGAGGUCCGAUGUUGACCUCCCCAACGAGAUUCGGAAGGACGAACUCAACUCCUCCGCACCAAUCUGCAGGUAAACCUCCAGUUAAUUGGACUCCCUUUAAUCUGCCGAGGUCACAAAUUUUUAUGCAGAUCAAGAAUAAAAUGGAUUUAAGGCGUCCUGGCCCUAUGAAAACUGCUGCUGCUACUCAGAAUGGAAUGCUAAAUGAGUAUGUUCAGAGAGUUGAACAGCCGAGGUUUAUUAGAGAACAGAGGCCGCAACCUCAAGGAGUCCGCAAUCCCCCAAACAGGCAAGGUGUGGGAUAUCAGCAAGCACCACCUCCACUCCCACCCCCAGCCAGAAUCAUACACAUGAUUACGGGAGGCCUUGAAGCAGGCGGACUGAGCUCUAAACAGCGGAAGCUGUAUGUCAGAGAGCGUGUCCUUGUUGACACCGGGAGUGCACCAGACAUCAUGUACUUCUACUGUUUCGAGAGUCUUGGAUUAGACCCAGCAUUGUUGCAGAAGUAUGAUGGUCCUAUCUAUGGUUUCAACAACCAGCCUGUUCCGGUAGAAAGAGUUCUUACCCUCCAUGUGGCUUUUGGGAGUGGCAGGACCUAUGUGACCCCGUCGGUCCGGUUCCUCGUAGUCAAGAUGGCGUCCUCUUUCAACAUUGUUAUUGGUCGACCCACAUUGACUGAAAUCCGAGCUGUGGUUUCCCAGUCUCACCUCUGUAUGAAAUUCCCAACUCCUAUGGGAAUAGCAACACUGCGAGGAAACCAGGAAGUGGCCAGGCAUUGUUAUAUCACCUCAGUAACACAACCCAUGAAGGGCAAAGCUCAGACACCCGAAGCCAUUCCCCAGCAAAUUUCUGAUAAUCAACAAGAUAUGGGUGUUGAGAUCGUAGAUAAUCGACCGGAAGACGAAACCAGAGCUGCUCCGGUCGAAGAUGUUGAAGAAGUGCUCAUUGAUGACAGAGAUCCGAGCCGAAAGACGCAGAUCGGAACUAGAUUGAACUCAGAGGAAAGGGCAGAGCUAAUAGCUUUUCUUCGAGCUAAUAAUGAUGUAUUCGCAUGGACUUCGGCAAACAUGCCAGGAAUUCCAAAUUCAGUCUCUCAACAUAAGCUCAGCACCAAUCCAUUGAAGAAACCAGUGGCCCAGAAACGGCGUCUCUUCGGGGGUGAGAGGCUUCAGGCUAUUAAAGAAGAGGUAACGAAGCUCCUACAGGCUGGUUUUGUCAGGAAAGUUGAUUACUGUGAAUGGGUGGCUAACCCAGUCCUGGAUUGCUAUCCAAUGCCGAGCAUUGACAAACUAGUUGAAGCGGCUUCAGGCAAUGAGAGGUUAAGCCUCUUGGACGCAUAUUCGGGGUAUCACCAGGUGCCAAUGGCUCCAGAAGACGAAGAGAAAACCGUGUUCUAUGCUGGUGAUGAAAUUUAUUGUUAUGUCAUGAUGCCGUUUGGCUUGAAGAAUGCAGGUACUACUUAUCAGAAAAUGGUAACCAUUGUCUUCCAUGCUCAGAUUGGCAAGAAUCUGGAAGUAUAUGUCGACGACAUUGUGGUAAAGAGCUUAAAAGUAGAAGACCAUCUCGCCGACCUCGACGAAACCUUUAACAACCUUAGAAAGAACAGGAUGCGGUUGAACCCAGCCAAAUGCAUCUUCGGAGUGGAGUUUGGAAAAUUUCUAGGUUUCAUGGUGUCCCAAAGGGGAAUUGAGGUCAAUCUAGAGAAGAUCAGAGCAAUUGCCGAGAUGGAACCGCCGAAAUCAGUGAAGGAUAUACAGAGGCUGAUUGGAAGGGUGGCAGCUCUGCAUCGGUUCAUAUCGAAGUCAGCAGAUAAAUGUCUGCCAUUUUUCAAAAUUAUGAGGUCAGCCGCCCAGAAAGACGAGUCAGGAAAGCAAAAAAAGUUCGAAUGGAGCCAAGAAUGCCAAGCUGCAUUUGAAGAGCUGAAGUCUUAUCUUAGCUCACCGCCUCUGUUGACUAAGGCUGUAGAUGGAGAACUUCUUUACUUCGUGCUGCACGGAGCAGAGUUGAGGUAUCCUAUAGAUGAGAAAGCAGCAUUAGCAGUUGUCACUUCGGCCAGGAAGUUAAGGCCAUAUUUUCAGUCACACCCAAUUAUCGUUCUCACCGAUCAAUCUCUCAGGCAGAUUCUGCAGAAACCAGAGUGCUCUGGAAGAUUAAUUAAGUGGGUAGUAGAACUGGGAGAGUUUGAGAUAACAUUCCAGCAGAGAUCGGCCAUCCGAGCUCAAGCAUUAGCAGAUUUUAUUAUCAAAUGCACUCCAUGUCCUUCAACCUCUAAUCCAGAACCCAACGACUGGAUCUUAUAUGUCGACAGAGCAUCUAGUAGCAAGGGGUCAGGGGCUGGCGCUCUCUUGGUUGGUCCAAAGGGAUACCGAAGCGAACAUGCCCUGAAGUUCAAUUUCGAUGCAACAAAUAACAUGGCUGAAUAUGAAGCUCUGCUACUUGGUCUACAGCUAGCAUUGGAGUUGAAAAUCAGUGCAAUUCAAAUAUACAGUGACUCCCAGUUGGUGGUAAACCAAAUUAACUCAAUCUGUGAAGUUGUUGAUCCUGUGAUGGUGAAGUACGUAGCCUUGGUGGCCGAGCUGAAGUGCAAAUUCCAGAAAUUCUGUCUGAGUAAAAUUCCCCGAGCUGAGAAUGAACAGGCAAAUUUACUCUCCAAGUUUGCCUCUGAUGGCUCUUUAAGUUCCAGAUCCGUUUUUGUGGAGGAGGCAAUGAAGUUGAGGAGGAAAGCAUCUCGGUAUACACUUGUUGAUGGGGUCCUCUAUAAGAGAUCUUUUUCACUUCCUCUUCUGCGAUGUUUGAAUCCCUACGAAGCCGAGUAUGCACUUCGAGAGGUACAUGAAGGUGUCUGUGGGAGCCACGUCGGUGCUAGAACUCUGGCUCACAAAGUCUUAAGGCAAGAAUAUUACUGGCCAAGCAUGCACAAAGAUGUUAUUCAAUUUGUUCAAAAGUGCCCGAAAUGCCAAUUCUUUGCACAUUUGACUCACCAACCUGCAGAAGAACUCACGAACCUGGUAGCACCAUGGCCAUUUGCACAGUGGGGAUUAGAUUUUUUAGGCCCAUUCCUGAAGGGGGUUGGUGGUGUAACUCAUCUGAUUGUUGGUGUGGAUUAUUUCACAAAAUAUGGAAUCCCGAAUCAAAUUGUAGCUGAUAACGAAACUCAAUUCAAUUGCUCCUCAUUCCGAGAUUUCUGUUCCAGUUAUGGGAUCAAGUUACAGUUCACCUCCGUUUACCAUCCGGAGUCCAAUGGCAUGGUGGAAUCUGUUAACAAAUGCAUUUUGGAAGGUAUAAGGCCGAGAUUGGAGCAGCAUAAGGCCAAGUGGGCAGACGAGCUCAACAACGUCCUCUGGGCAUACAGAACCACAAGCCGAACUGCCACAAGUGAAACACCCUACCACCUGGCCUUUGGUACCGAAGCAGUCAUUCCUGUUGAAAUAGGAGUCCCAAGCUUCCGAGUCACCCAUUUCGAUGAAGGACGAAAUGGACAACUGCUUCGAGAAAACCUUGAUCUGCUUGCUGAAGUCAGAGAAGAAGUUCGGCUUCGAACUCUUGUAUACAAGCAGAAGCUAGCCAACUUUUACAAUAAACGGGUUCGCCCUUGAACUUUCAAAGUAGGAGACCUUGUUCUCAGAAAAGCUGGCCUAACAGGGUUUGAAACUCGUUUUGGCAAACUCGCCCUGAAUUGGGAAGGCCCUUAUACCGUGGCCGAGGUGCCACAUCCUGGCGCCUAUCUUCUCCAAGACACUGAAGGAAAGAGAGUUCCUAGAGUCUGGAAUGUUAAUAACUUGAAGAAAUUUUACCCUUAAUACAAUUCUUUCAAGAAAUUUGUCUUACAGUU